AUUAAUCAUGGACGUCGUCGCUUGAGGUAUCGGCGUUUUGUUGAAAAAUAUAGCAAAAAUGUGUAAUUAAUUUGUAAAUCGAGUGUUUUUUAACGUUGUUGUAUAACAGAAAAUGGUAACGAUUGUUGACGAUUUAGAUUCUUUAACUUUGCAAGAGCCAAUUUUCAAGGAUGUCAAAUAUUAUGUUUCUGGCGAUGUCUCGGAAAGGAUUCUGCUGUUACUUCAGUCCGGUGGAGCGGAGAGUACAAAAUAUUUCUCAGACUAUGUCACACAUCUAAUUUGUGGGCAAAAUGCUGAAGACACCGAUGUCGACGAAGCCCAGGACAUUUACCAGAUCCCUGCAGUGACGGAGCACUGGGUCCUAGCGUGCGCGCGCCUAAAGAAGUUGGCCGACCCGAAGCCCUACAAUCCUCAUAAGAAUAAGAUAUUUAAUAACAUUGUAUGUUGUAUAUCUAAAGUGAGUGUUGCUGACGCUAAAACCUUGUUCGCUGUUAUCACAUAUCAUGGUGGAAAAGUAAAGUUGAACUUGGACUCUCAGUGUACUCACCUGAUUUGUGGAUCUGCUGCAGGAAAGAGAUACAGUGCUGCGCUGACACUCCCUCCCUCAAGGAUUAAGAUUGUGACUCCUGAUUGGGUGCUAGAGAGCAUUAGGGCCAGAAUACAAGCGGUGACUGAUAUAUUUCACCCGAAACUGUUAGUUGUCCCUCAGCCUCCCCCGAAAGCAAUGGACCGUAUCAGUGCGAUCACAGGGUUCGACUUUGAGGAAGGUAUUGCUAAAAACGAAGUUCCCACACAGAACAUGGCAGAAAAUAAGGAUGACAGUACCCAGGCUUUGUUGGACAAACUGAAACAAAGGAUGCCUUGGAAUCAUCCACCGUCCAGCUCUAGUGCUUCAGUGGCUUCUUCUACACCGAUCAGUUCAAUGGGAUACACCUCAACUUCCAUGUCUACUCCCGGCAUCAUGAGCAAGUCGAUACCACAAGGUAUUGCAACACAAAAUAUUCAGAUACAGAGUAGUCAGGCAAAUUCACCUUUGCUACAGAAGUUUGCACAACAGACAGUAGUGUCCCAAGCAGGAAUGAUCCAGAGCCAACAAAUGAGCAUGCAACAACAACAACAACAACAACAACAGCAGCAGCAGCAACAACAACAACAGCAGCAGCAGCAGCAGCAGCAACAACAACAGCAGCAACAACAACAAACAUACCAGGGUCAACAGCAACAACAACAACCACAUGGGCUGACAGCAAUACAAAUACAGCAACAGAAAAUGUUGCAACAGCAUCAAUUAAAAAUGCAAAUGCUGCAACAGAAUAAGCUGAGUAACCAGCAGGGCCAGCAAGGGUUCCAGCCAAAUGUUUCUGUGUCCCAAAUGUCACAGAACCUUCAGGGUCAAUUACAGCAACACAUACAGGGUAACCAGCAUCAUUUGCAACAGAAUAUUAACCAGCCUCCAACCACAAUGAGCUCAGCUCAGCAGCAUAUUGAGAAUAUUAGCCAGAUGUUGAGCCAGAGUGCCAAUAACCUCCAACAACAGCAAAACAUGGCCAUGAAACAAAGCUUAAGUCUCAGCCAGCAAAGUGCUUCACAAGCUGUACAAAAUAUAGCUCAACAACUCGCACAGUCCACUCAAAAUCUUCAAAAUGCAAAGAUGAACCAAAAUCUUGGACAAGGACAGCUCAUCAACCAGCAACUGAUAUCUUCUGGACAACAGAUGUCACAGCAAAACCAAGGAUUAAUUCAGCAACAAAAUGUACAGACUAUUAAUAACCAACAGCAAAAUAUUAAUAUGGGAGUCCAGGGUCUAGUGACAUCAUCACAGGGUCAGUCAGGUCAGGGAGUGCAACUUAACCAGCUGGUGAACUCCAACCAGCAAACUGUACUAAGCCAGCAGAUACAGUCUGUGCAGCAAACUAUACAGACUCAGCAGAAUGCUAAUGUACCAGUGCAGGGAGCUUGGAGACAACAGAACCUUCAGAUGGUUCAAAAUGUCCAAGGCCAACACCAAAUAAUUAGGAAUCCAUUAGUUCAAUCUCGAACACCACAAAACCAAGUAAUUCUGCAGCAGCAGAUCAUGCAGACUCAACAACAGGCUUUAAUAAACAACCAGCAACCUCAACUGAGUCCUCAGCAUACCAUACAACAAAAUCCUCAGCAAAUUCUACAACAAUCUAUAGGAGGUCAGGGUCAACAGUUGAAUCAGACACACCAUCAGAUUCUGUUCCAAAAGCAGCAACUUCUAAGCAGUUCUGGUCAGCAGCAGAUAGUGCAAGCUCCUCAACAAGUGCUGAUAAACCAGCAUACAGGACAGCAACAGAUCCUUGUGCAUGGGAAUCAGCAAGUCACACUGCAAGGAGGCCAGCAAAUUGUGUCACAAAGUCAGAUUGUUCACCAAGGAGGUCAGAUUGUCAACCAGGGUGGACAACAGAUUAUAACACAGGGAACACAGCAGGUUUUGACACAAGGAGGUCAGCAUGUGAUUACUCAGCAAGGACAACAGCAACAUGUGGUGAUUGCACAGUCCUCACAACAGAUUGUGACGCAAUCUGGUCAGCAGAUACUUGGUCAGGCUGUGGGGCAGACUCAGCAAGUGUUGACCCAAAUGCCGCAGUCUCCCCAAGCCGGUGGUGGAGGAAGUAUUCAGCAGAUUAUCACGCAUGGUGGAGCACAGCAGAUAGUGUCCCCGGGUGGCCAGCAGAUAGUUCAGGGUGGGCAGAAUGUGUCAUGGCAGCAGCAACAGUAUUUGCAGCAGAGGCAGCAGAUAGCUCAGCCUGGUACUGUUGGCCCUAGGGUAUCAUGGACGGCGGGUGGAGGUGGUCGGCAACUGAUCCACUUGGACGCACAAACUCACGCACAGCUGCAACAAAUGAAGCCGCAGGAACGAGCUGUGUUUGUCGCGCAGUUGCAGAAGCGACGACAGCUCUCCUUGCAGCGACAAGCCGCUAUAGCUCAGCAACAGCAGCCGGGCGUAGUAGCCGGCUCUCCUGGCGCCCCGGCCCCUGCCGGCGCUCAGAGUGUCACCUUUAUACGUAGCCAGAUAACACCGGGACUCGCUCAACAACAAGUGCCGGUACAAUGGUUACAGCAACAGGGAGCUCGCGCUGCUACGAUCCCCGCCGCUGCGCCUGCGCCACCCCCUCAAUCGCCCGUUGGUUCAGCCGGUGUAGCGAGUCCAGUAGCGCAGGCCGGUGCAGGCGCUGGCGUAGAGACGCAGCUCCAGCAGUUACAGCUGCAGCGCCAGCAGCACUACCAGCGGCUGCAGCAGCUGCAGGCCCAGCGGGACCAUGUCGCGCACCAUGCUGCUGUUAAACAGGUAUCUCCAGGUGUCACUCAACAUGUAGUAAGUGGCGCCCCCUUAGCGGAACAACCAGUCGACGCAGCUCUAUUAACCCCCACGACACCAGAUCAACAACCAGGGAAUGCUCUCCUAGUUAAUCCGAAGACCAAGACAGCUCUGGCUAACAUGCUGAGCAUUCGGCUGCAAGGUGGGACCGCUAGUGACCAUGAGCCUUCCGCAGCCGGCACUCUGCGCCUCAUGACGGCGGCCCACGCGCGCCCCGCCCCCGCCGCGCCGCGGUUACUGCUGCAUCAUGCCCAUCCCCACCCCCACCACAAGGUAUACGCUCCCCCCGCCAGACCGCCGCCUGCGCGUGCGCAGUUCUACGGGCACAAUCCCAACCUCAAACUACCGCCAGACUUGUUCUUAUUAGGCUGUGUCUUCCAUAUCGUGGAGUAUCAACAGUCUUGGGGCGCAGAACGCGUGGCGCGGUGGGGUGAGGCCAUACAGCGGCGCGGCGGGGAACUAGAGCCAGUCUACUGCGCACGCGUCACUCACGUAUUAUGCGAAACGCAAAAACAUGGCGUCGUUAUGCAGGCUCUCCGCGACGCCAAGCGUUGUGUGACGGCGUACUGGUUGUCGGACGCCAUGUUGCGUCGCGGCGUGGUCCCGCCGUGGCUGGCGCUGCACCUGCCCAGCAUGUACGCGGCGCGCGACCGCCCCGCGCGACACCAUCGCGCCGCCAUCUCCGGAUGGAGGCACGACGAGCGGGACCGCGUCACCUUCUGCAUUGAACAUAUUGGGGCCAAGCUAACUCCCUACAUGACUCGUGAUAAUACGGUGCUAAUCUGCAAGAGGGCGGAGGGCAACAAGUACAGGCGAGCGAGGGAGUGGGGCAUACCCGUGGUCACUGCCGCCUGGCUCACCGACCUCCUACUUGGGAACAUGAGUGCACUCUCACAGAUCGAAAACGCAAAGUACCAGCAGUUCAAUUUGACAAGUCCGUUCCGUAUGGACUACAGCUUAGUGUCACAUUUGAUGAAUGCGUGGAAAAUGCCAAUAAAUAUAACACAAGAGUCUCACGAGCGAGCGAAGCGGUCGGCAGCGGCGGCCUGCGUAGCGGCCGGAGGGCGGAGGGCGAAGCGCCCUCGCCUGGCCUCCCCGCCGCCCGCACCGCCCACACCCACGGGAGCCCCGCCGCAGCCCCCGCCCUUACACUUGGCUCCCAGAGUCGCCUUCUCAGCGUUAACGCCUAAUAUGCAACAUAAAUUGGCUGCUAUUGUCAGGCAACUGGGCGGUCUAGUAGUGUCAUCUGCAGCGGAAGCCACUCACCUUGUGAUGGAGAAAUUGGUGAGAACGUGCAAACUGAUUAGUAGCCUCGUCACCGUCAAACAUUUGCUCACGCCAGAGUGGGUGCUAGAGAGCCAGAGACUGAACAAAUUCGCUGACGAAGCGAAACACGGCCUUAGAGACGAGGCCUUCAACAAAAUGUUCAAGUGUGAUGUGUCCGAAGUAUUACUCUGCGGGGAAAUGAGGAAAAAACUCUUCGAAGGAGUCACCUUCUUCCUCACACCCUGCGUCAAACCCUCCCGAGGCGCCCUCACGGAAAUGAUUGAGCUUUGCGGCGGGAAAGUUGAGAAAAAUCGCCGGUCCUACGUCUCCAUACAAGAAAUGCAUAAUCAAAAGAAAUACAGCUAUUUAGUUCUCACUGUGCCCAACGAUCUACAUUUAGUUUACUAUCUCCUGCAAUCUGAAAAGACGUUGAAUGUUGUCUGCAGUACUGAAGUUGUGCUCUCAGCUAUUAUGAGGCAAAAGUUAGAAGUCGAGGAGUUUCUCGUCAAAAUUGACUAAAUGUUCCUCCUGUAGGUAAAACGAAUUUUGUCGUUUUACAAUUUUUAUAAACUAUUGACAAUAUUUUAAUAAAGUUUAUUACAUAAUGCAGAGUUCCAUAAAUAUAUAUAUAAAUUAUCUGUCUCUCAUCUAUCAUUAUUUUGAUUUUCGUCUUCAUUAUAACGCUAACUCGUGAACGAAUAUAAGUCCUAGUUUUUUUUUGUUUCCCUUUUAUUUUGGAAUCUCUGUAUUUUUUUUAUAAUUCGUUCUUCUUGUUAAAAGUUUCAUUUUAAGUUCAAUAUAUAUUUGUAAUUUGUUAAAGAAAUUUAAAGAAUGCAUGUUGCGUUAUUUAACUGUAAGGAGAAGUUUUUGGAAAUAUUUUUGUCAGUUGUAAAUAGAUGCUUUAAAGGUCUGGACCAUGAUGUGUAUAUUAAAAAAGAAAACUUGAGAAGUUAUAUUAAACUAUGUUUUUAAUUAA